ACGGAGUGAGGACGUACGUCGAUGCUCUAAAAACCGCACUUACAAUCACGCGAAACCCACACUAUUCUCAUCUGUCUCUCGAAGUUGUGUGUUUUUUGGUUAUUUUUGUGAAUUGUGUUGUGAUUUUUAUUUUGUGUCGCGGACAAAUUUUAAUUUCUCUUGUGUUUUUUUUAUUUUGCUGACAAUGGCAAUUUUCGAACGGUUGGUGAUAUGUUUAGUAGCACUCACCUCUCCUACCAGCAAUUUUAUUGGAGCGUCACAGGAUGUGGGAAGUCCUUUGAGGGUAGCUCAAUGCAGAGCCACUUGUCUUGAAAGGUUCUCUAAUGACGGCCCCAACGGAGAAUCCAUGUGCUUACAGGGACCUGAUUGUUUUAUGUGUUGGGAGAACUGCGAGUUGCUUCAAUCAAAUUUUCAAGUAUGGGGUGCCAUGUGCGAGGAGAAAGAAAUAUGUUUUCCGGGCUGUCAGGAAGCAUGUAGAUUUCACGCGAUGGCCGCUGCCCGCACCCACCAGACAGAACCAGUCAUCCAUACCAAAGGCGAAGGUGUAAUUCGAGUAAACGGAGCUCUAGCGAAGUGGCCCCGGCCAUCUUCAGUAGAAGUCCAAACCCCUCUAGUCUACGUCGUUAUGAGGAAAGCCCAGAACGGACCGUGGCGGCAAAUAAUACAAACCCUUGACCACACAACGAGAGUUCCUGUAAAUUCAGAUAAGGGGGACGCCAUGCUUAGAGUUUUAGUUGUGGAUCCUCAGGGUUUGGUUACGAUAUACAGUCCCGACGAGGCCAGUAUGAAAGAGAAUAAAAAGAAAAAGAAAACGAUUAAUACCGAAAUAAAAGCUACUACGAGUAAAACGACACCUGAAACAGCUUGGAUCCUCAGAGAAAUAUCCCUUAUCCACCAAAAAGUCCUCGUCAUCGGCGAGAUCGCUUGGGAGCCAAAAGCAAAUCAUGGGGUUUACUUGGUAACUUGGGAAGUAGACGGUGGCGGUCUAAAGGGGAAUUUAUUCACCGAUUCGACCUGCGUCACUCUCUCCCUCUGGCCCGACACGAUUUAUCACAUCCAAGUGGAACUAGUUUCUCGAAUUCCCGGAGUAGAGAAUCUGAAAUCGGAAAUGAUGGAUCUGGACACCGGCCGAGCACAGAAAGUCUCCACCGAGGAAACCGAUCUAACUAUCCCAGAGGAAGACGACCUGAAUUCGCCUCUGUUGUCCGUUUUGUUCAGUGCCGUACGUGGGGAGAAAACCAGAAACAGGUACCAUUAUUUGGAAGUCGUGUUAGGCGGAUGCACUGCCGUGAUCUUGUUCUCUGUUAUUCUGGCGCUGAUAGCGUACAGGUAUAAGAGGAGGAGGGGACUAGCGGUUGACAAUAUGAUCACCGGGGCAAGCGCUAUUAGGAGUAAAAAGCUAGUUGAAGAUUUCACGCUGUAUAAAGAUCUGCAGCCGAUAGUCACUGUGCUGGGUAAUCCGCCUCUUUGCGUCGAUGGCGAAACCCCUGAAGUAGCUUUCCAUGGAGCGAUGUCAACUUCCUCGACGGACCAAAGUGAAAAGACUGUCCAGGUGUGACACCUCGGUGAGGCGUUUUAAUGUUGGAAGCGCGAAAGAGACUGGGUUUUAAGAAAACAAGUAGUUCCUAAGACUGAAAGACGGUGAGGUGUAAAGUUCGCGCGGUAAUGACUGACUAGCGAAUAAUUUUUUAAGAAAUCCCAUCUCAAUGUAUAAAUAUGUGUGUAUAAAAACUAGUCCAAAUCAAACUUUGCGAGAUUUUAAAAGGAGCAAGUCGAGGUGUGACGAUUUUAUGCUCAUGUCUAAAGUAUCAAAAGCUUCAAAAUUCAUCUCAAAACAAAAAUCACUCGUUUGUAGAGAUAGUGCUCUUUAGUUUCAUUCAACUGUGUUUAGUUCUACCUUUUCAAGAAUAUUAUUUUUUCAGAGUUCUUCCAUGUCCAGUAUUUUUCUGCACUUUAGGGUCUUUACUAUGCCACUUUUCUUCCGUUCGUUCAAGUAAAGAUUGGCGUGUUUAUUAUUUGUUAAUAUUUUUUACUUCCUUAGUUAUAAGUAAGUUCAAAUAUUCAAACCUAUUAGUUUAAUAUUUUAGGUCAUUAGGUCAGUUUUGUCUCCAGUUCUUCAGAUAAGUAAUUGAAUAUUUUUUUGAAGAUGUAAUAUGUCCUGGUAAAUUCUGAUUUAACUUAAUUUGUAAGAAUGACGAUAACAGUGAUAACUGAAACAGAAAAAACUGGUUGACGCUAGACUGAAGGAACAUGUUCUUCUUACGGUGUCUUUCCGUGUAGAAUGUUGGUGAUUAACAUGACUACCUUUACCUUGCUGGCAGCUCAGGAACAUAGGAUACCAAGUAAAACUCAUAUUAUGAAUACAAAAAUUCUGUUAGAUAAGAAGACACAAUAUGUUACAAGAUGUAGGGAAAGAUCUUAUAAGUGACAAAAAGAAAUGCGAUAUGUCGGCAGUAUUAUAUACAGCGUUUCACAUUAAGAACAGAACGUUGGUAGUUAGGGCUAUGUAUUUCUUAUGGACGAUAGAAGUGUGCCGAUGCCGCGCCAUCUGAUUAGAAUGAAUCGUAUAUCGACAGUCUAGUAGGAAUCCAUGCCUGAGAGUUUUGGCAACACUGAUCUGCAUAAGCCGAACGUUCCGUUCUUAACGUGAAAUAAAAGUUUAGGAACCUAUAAAAGGAUACUUGCUAUCAUCAACGACUCAAAACCAUGCUUUCAUGGUCAUCAAAGCAGCAGAACCAAUAUUAAAACUAUUUGGAUGAAAUUUGACGUAGUUUGUGACGACAAUAGACUUGCCAUAAGAGAAUCAGUUACGAAUACUUCGGCUGGACAGGGCCGGCCGUGGGAGUGCCAAAAAUCACCGUGUGUGACCAGAAAAAAGUCUGAAUCCGAACAUAAAAUAACUUUGUCUGAAAAAUAUAGGUCGUCAAGCCCAUGACAAAAUGAAUAUUAGUCAUGGGACAGCCCCAUUAACGGACAUGCGCUAGUAGGGCUUGGCUACUGCAGAAAACAAGCAGAAAUCAGCUCAGUGUCACAACAGGCUUUUUUACUGGCGAAAGUCAAGGGACACAUGAAUCCAAUGGGGCUAUUUCAUGAAGCGUUAAUCUCGAGAAUCUGUAGCAGAUAACCUGUUUCCAGUAUUUUUCUAAACAAUUUAUAAGGUAGAAUGGACAAUUUAAUAAAUCCAAGUGUUUAUUUAGAAACAUUUAUACAGUUGAGUCCCUGAAUCUGUACCCGUGCGUCAUCAUUUAAUAUUUAAAGCAUACGAAAUAAGUCGAUGAUAAGUCGGAAAUUGAAAUUUACUAAACGCAACAGCAAGUGACAGUAAGUGACUUGCUGUUGCGUUUAGUAAAUUUCAAUUUCCGACUUAUCAUAGAAUUAUUUCGUAUGCUUUAAAUGAUGACGCACGGAUAAAGAUUCAGGGACUUAACUGUAAUUAUUUUCCUUGGUAACUUAAUACUUUUUGAGUUGCUCAUACUGUAGCAUAUUUACCAAUCGUUUUUAUUUUGAAGCUUUCGAUACCGUUUAUUCGAAUUCUCAAUUCGAUAUUGUAAAGUCGCGAAUAUUUAAGUUUUGACUGUGUUAUUUUUUAUUAAUUUUACUAUUUAUUUUAGAAUUUUUUAGUGGUAACGGCAAUCUAUUAACUUUAAUAUCUUUUUAACCCGCCAGUGGUCGCUAUAUGAGAUUUUCUCUCACGGUUUCAGAAAAUUGCGCACAACUUUUUUUCUGAGAAAUUAUACGCGCAGUAUUUCCUUCUAGUCUCCUAACUAUCCUCCCUCGACAAUCUAAUAGACUAGUCCGCUCAGAUAGUGACUCAGUUUACUUAGUAUCACCAUAUUGUUGAGUCAGUGCGCUUCAUGUGAGAGAUUCUCUCAUCAAGCGACCACCGGCGUCACCAAGUGUGUAUAAAAAUUAAUUUUAUUCUUCCCCUUAAAACCUAAAAUAAUAUCCUUUUAUGAUGUAAUAAAAGGCGCCGUGGAUGUGGUCGAUGAUAUGAAAAUCCUAUAUUCUGUUUCACGGGUUAUUUGUAGAUUAUGUAGAUGGUCAAUCUCCAUAUAUUUUUCAAUGUUAAAUAUUGGCGGCAUCAAUAGUCACAUUUUAUAUAAAGAUAAUAAUAAUAAAACAGAAAAACGUCGUGUCUUUUUAAAGCAAUGGCUUUAUGGUUGAUGAAACCUCAUCUUUUUUGUAAAAUUUUGCAAAGAAAGGCAAAAGUUGAAUAUGUGAGAGAAAAUCUCACGAGCGACCACUCGCGUAACAACCUACCUAGCGACCAAUGCCGGGUUAAAGCUUUCUUUAUGUGAAUUAUUGAGGUGGCAACAAGUUCAAAACGUCGUAGCAGUUACUUUAUAACCUGUCUAUUCUAGAAUAUGUUUUUAUUGUGUAAACAAACUUUGACAAAGAUCCAUUUAGUUAUUAGAUUCUUACUGUAAUAUCAUUAUAAUGGAAGCUUGUCCAACGGUAAAAUUGUGUGUCAGAUUACAUGCUGCGAAACUUUCCAUUCUGAGAAAAUCUCCUCUGAUCGUCUGUAGACUCUAUUAACUAUUAUGUUCAUCAGGCCUUUCUAUUUGUAUUUUUGGUUCAUUUGUAACGGGAACCUUCUCCUAUUCAUUUUCAUUCCAGUUCCAGAAGAAAAAUAAUUCGGAUCUGAACUUAUUUUCUUGAUAUUCCCAUUUUAUCUACUAUAUUUCAUUGGAAUUAUCCUAAAUUGUAAUUGAAAAUACGUCUAUUUCGUCCAAGCACGUUUUUUAAGGUGUGACUUAUAUACUUCUAUUGUUUAUUCACUCUUAAAAUGGCAAUAUCCAAACAUACCUUUUUUCCGCAAUUAAUUACAAAGUACAGUGAUGAGCGCCCUAAUAACCGGCAAAAUAGCACAAAAGAUGAAAAACGUAUUAAGUUGUGAGAUAAAAAGAAAUGAAACUAGUCGAGCUGGGACAUUUAGCGAUAUUAACUUAUACAUUUACAUUAUAUUGAUUGUUUCCCAUCUUUACACGUAUAAGAGGAGUAUGUCAACUAAAACUGUCACUGUGACAGUGGUAGUUUCCAAACUCGUGCGAUACGUCUAAAAGUGGGAAAAAAUCCAUAUAAUGUAAAUGUAUAUGUUAACAUCGCUAAAUUUCCCAGCUCGACUAGUUUCAUUUCUUUUUAUCUCACAACUUAAUAUAUUUUCUAUCUUUAGUGCUAUUUUGCCGGUUAUUAGCGCGCUCAUCACUGUAUAUAAAGCCUCCCAGGGAAAAAUGUAUUGCAAAAGUUGUGAACAAAAAUAAAUAAAACCUUCAGAUUGAUGGUCGAUCUGAUUUUAUUUCUUUUAACUGUAUAGUCAUAUAUUGCAUAUUUUAUUAUUUCUUGGUAUUAUAAUUUCAAAGGUAUUUAUAUAAGAAAUAUUGUAUUAACUUAUCUUUUGAACAGUCAAAUGUUUUAUUUAAUAUUUAUUAAAUAUUUUAUUAAUAUUUAUCAAAUAUUUUAUUAUUAUUUAUCAAAUAAAAUUUAUUUCUGAGCUUUAUACAUAUUAGGUAAAACGAUUAAACUGAUAUUUAUUAUCCCCACUUCUAAAACUGUUAGAAUGGAACGUCUUAAAAUUUACUACUACAUAUUAAUCACGACUUAUUUUUUUCUAUCAUAUUCGACUUAUUUGUCUAAAUUUGUUGUCGAUACCACUAAAUGUCCUUAAUAUUGUAUUAUAUCCAAUAUGUACAUAAGAUUUUUAAAUAAUUUUCUCGACAACUAGAAAUAUAAGUUCUUGAGAACAGUUAAAUUUAUUGUGAAUAUUAAAAAUAAAGAAGAAAAUAUGUAUUUGUCGAUCCUUCAACCUAUAGUCGAUGUAGCGAUGUUGACUACGCAUGAUUUUAGCUUCGUUCUUUUAGCUUUGUCGAACGCAUGUACUGGUGCAACUUAUUAUGUAUAAAAAAAACAACAUACAUUCAAAGAUUUCCUACGUUUUUUUAAUGGCAUGGACUUAAAGAGUUAAUUUCGGACUAUCUGCUCAGAAAAUUAACCCGUAUCGGUUCUCAGUAUGUUUUUAUUUUUUUUUUGUAUUAUCUAUUCUCUAAUUUUUUUUUAAUAUUUCUCAUGUAUUUUUCGAUCCAAAGGCAGGCGCUCUUACCACUGAGCCACGGAGGGGGUAUUUCUUACGUUCGAAAUCAAUUCAGGAAAAUGUCAAAUCCGUGCUUUCUAUAAUUUGCAAACCAGACAAACGAUAAAUGAACUGACAUGAGGAAUCUAAAAAUUGUAUUCCAUAAUAGGCAACUUAUCUAGGAAAAACUCAUCCCAUAACGAACUGAUUUCUAGUUCUCAUAUUGCGUGAGUAACCAAAAAUACGAAAAUCUGUUAAGAUUUAGGCUUUGGCCCGACAAGCGACAAUUUACUGCGCUGUAAGAGCAGUAAAGUGAAUCGCGAAAAAUGGGUCCCACAGUGAGUUUAGUGGAUGGCCAGACCAGGAUUUACAGCUGUCUGUUCAUCCACUACACUCACCGUGGGACCCAUUUUUCGCGCUUUAUUUUACUGCUUGUACAGGGCCGUAAAUUGUCGCUUGUCUGGCCGUAGCCUUAAUUUCAAUACAGAGCAUCACCAUUCGCUUAUACGUAUUCCAUCCUUAUGAAUUCUUCAGUGAGCUUAUCGCAGUUCGCUCUGAGGAUUCCAUAAGGUUGAAAUACGUAAGUGAAUCGUUAUGUUCUGUAUCGAAAUUAAAUUUUAACUGUCUUUCGUAAAUAUGUAUACUUUGUAGUUUUUAAAAAUGAUAAGGUAUUAUGUUUAUAACAAAAUAAAUCGGCAAUUUACAAGGGCGGAUCCAGGGCCGAAUUUCUGUGGGGGCUAUGGCUUUUUUUGGGGGAGUAACGGGGGACUGUCUUUUUUUUAAAUUAAUUUUUUUUUUAAUUAUGGCUAAAGUGGUGAGUUUUAAGGCAUUUUCACACACUUUUGAGUGGCAAAAAGACACUCAAAACUUAUCAUUAUUAAAGUACUAUUAGAGUCAAUACCGAUUACUACACAUUUCUUCGGAUCCAAGUGCAGUUUUUUCAACAAGUUUAAUACUAUUUUUCCCAAAGCUUCUCCUGUCAGACGUUGUUCUUCCCCUAUUUCUUCAUUUUCACUAAGUAUUUUUAUGUUCUCAUAAGCGUCAAUAAACUUGAUUAAAUCUUCACGAAUGUUGUUUUGGUGUAUGUAUCUCCAAUUUAGAGAAAGCUGUUAUGUGUAUGUUGCUCGGGAAGAUGCUGUGGAUAGAUGUUGUUUUAGAUGAUGUCUCAUCUCCUGAUGCGAUUUUAAUCCUUCACAAUUCCCUGAAAUUUGCCUCAUUGAUAAGUCCAGCAUCCUCGUCCAGAAGCAGAAGGCCAUCAUCGCGAGGGUCCCUUAGAGGAAUAUUUUGUCGGCCUAAGAACACUAUAGACUCUUAUAAUGGUCGUAGUAUUUCUCUAUUUUCUUGUAUCUGUUUAGACCUCUGAGAGUAUAUCUGGUUAAUGACUGACUUUUGCGGGUUGCGAUAACUUUGUAGAAAAUCCAGCCCAACCUGCACUCCUUGUGCUACGAUAUUUUUUCAUGAGUUUGUAUGGCCUCGUCUGUGCCCAUGAGUUUGGGAAAAGAUGUUUAAGGUUUCGUGGCAAGGCUUUGGGCUGCCAUCCCUUUAUUGGGACCAUAUUUUUUAUUCUUCUUUUUUAUUCUUCUUCUUUUUAUUCUUUGUGUUUACAAAAUAGGGAAAUUGAUAUCAUUUUGUUUUGAUGGCUGCCAAGGUCGUUCUAACAAUUGGCACUUUGUAAAAUUAUCAAUAUUUUGAUUUACAAAACAUCCUAUGUCAUUCUUGAAGCCUCCGUUACUGCUUUUGUUCAAUUCUAUUCCAGAAGACAUAUUUAUCCCUUGUUUUGUACAUAUAUGUAUAUGUGUUUGAAACUAAAAACAUUUGAACUGCAAAUAUUUAAAUUUACAUUUUUUUAAAUUCUCUCUUGAUUCGCCCUUGGCAAUUCAUUUGUUUUGCUAUAUGUAUUUUCUCAAAAUCUAAUUAAGAAAUAUCAAAAAUAUAAUAACAAAUUCCAACCUCACAAAAAGGAAGAAAGUAAGUUCGCAUAUCUUUUGUUGCUGCGGUUUAUUCGCAAGAUACGUUGUGUUAUCUUGUUCAGGUUAUUGCAAGGCUAUUGCUUGCCCAUACAGCCUCAAACUUCAUAUAUCUGACCAAUUCUUAUUUUAAAUUUUUUACGUUUUUUCGCAGAUUUGUCUUGUUUCAACACAAAUGUCAUAGUUUAGUCCGUGAUCUUUAAUGAAAUAUUUACUUCUAGUACUAGGAUGUACAAAGUAUUUUAGUCGAUGCAUUGGGUUUGGAAGUAAAUAGUUUAAAGAAGAAAUUUGUAUCUAUCGAUAUAAGGAAUUACUUGAAGACAAACAUAUGUGUAGCUGGAGCAGAUCAAACGAGUCAAGCUGUUGAAAUACUUCUACUGCGGAAUUCCGUGGCUAUAAUAAAAAAAAAGAACAAAACAAGCUAAAAAUGUAUUUCUGAAACCUCAAAAAUCUGUCUAUUUGCAGAUAGAGUUCAAUCUGAGAAGCAAAAUAUUAUACGGAUUCUGUUAUACGAAGUAUAAGCUUUGAGUUUAAAGGCGGGAUCCAUUAACAAUCUUGAUACUUUCGAAAUUAAUAAUGGUUUUGUGCUAUUGGUCAUGGGGGAACAUGCUACCAGGAAAACGUUCCAUUUUCAGCAGUUUAUACUAGAUAGAACGUACCUGAAACGUAUAAUAUUGUCAUAGCUACCCAAUGCUGUCAUCAAUAAAAUAAUUGAAUUAAGUGAUGAAUUACGUAUUUUUUAUGGGAAAUAAGCCACAAUUUUACUAAAAAAUGAAUUUAUUAACGUUUCCAAGUCCAAAUCGGGUUUCGUUGUCAAAAUACAAAAUACUAUUAAAAUAAAACAAACAUGUUGUUGCUAAGUAAAAAAAUUCUUCUAAUAAUUUCUUUAAUCUGACUCAUUUAUAUUGGCAAUUCAGAUGUAUAUUAUACAUUUUAAAGUAGAAGACUUUAAAAUGAUAUCACCAAUAUUUAUGAGUUGCGUUCCUGGGACGACUUUACUAAAAGAUAGUUCAUUCGAUUACAUGAAAUCAAUCCCAACUCAAGAAUAUCCGUCGCAAAAAAAUCAUAGCAUGUGAUCUGUCUUUAAAAAGACAACCAAAUGCAACGAUGACAGUAAAAUUCUCGCGUUAGAGAUUCCAUAGUAAAUCAUUUUUUUGCGACGGAUAUUCUUGAGUUGGGAUUGAUUUCAUGUAAUCGAAUGAACUAUCUUUUAGUAAAGUCGUCCCAGGAACGCAACUCAUAAAUAUUGGUGAUAUCAUUUUAAAGUCUUCUACUUUAAAAUGUAUAAUAUACAUCUGAAUUGCCAAUAUAAAUGAGUCAGAUUAAAGAAAUUAUUAGAAGAAUUUUUUUACUUAGCAACAACAUGUUUGUUUUAUUUUAAUAGUAUUUUGUAUUUUGACAACGAAACCCGAUUUGGGCUUCGAAACGUUAAUAAAUUCAUUUUUUAGUAAAAUUGUGGCUUAUUUCCCAUAAAAAAUACGUAAUUAUAAAAAUGCCACAAGGAAAUAGCUUCAGAACAACAUAAAGUGAUGAAUAUUCCAGAUUAAGAAAUGUAUUAAAUCAUCCUUGAUCUCGUAUAUAAUAAUAAUUAUUGUUUAAAAAAGAUCUUGGAGCAAUUCUUCUUCUUCUCCAAGUUCCUUUCGUAUUGAAGAUUAAAAAUCAUUCUGGGCAUUACAAUUUUGUUUGUUACGCUUCUGCAAAGUUCAAUUGAACUACAACCAAACCACUCACGGAUAUUGCGUAGCCACGAAAUUUUAGGUCUUCCUACGAUGUUGAUUUCUGCCUUUGAUUUUGCCCUGAAUUGUAUUCCUUAACAGUUCGCAUUUUUCACCUCUCAUAAUGUGCCCCAAGUAUUCCAACUUCCUGAUUUUUAUUGAGUUUAAAACGCCACAAUGUUUCCCUCGUUGUUCAAUAACUUUGUUUGGGGAUCCGUCCAUGAUAUUUUCGGAAUAUGGCGGUAACACCACAUUUCGAGUGCUUCUAAGUUCUUAAUCUUCACUGCCUCAGUCCCUAAGCCUCAGCUCCAUAUAAAAGGGAGGAUAGAAUAUAACAUCGUCGUAUUUUCAUCUCUAGAAUUAUGUGUUAUAUUGAUAUUGCGAUAAAAAAUUUUUAUUCUUUCAAAAGUCGACCGUGUAACUACUUCUAUAUACGAUAUCUGUGUUCUAUUUAAUCAAUAUCUUCUGUGAUCCAUGCACCAAGUUAUGUGUAUAAGGAUAUUUGCUUAAUUCCUGUAUUAUCCAGUACUAGAUUUUCUUUGAUGUUUUGUGCUUUCGUAAUUACUAUAUUACCAAGGAACUUAGUUUUCUUCAAAUUUAUUUUUAAUCCAUAAUCGUUGCAAUGUAUAUUGAGUUUUUAACAGGGGUUGCCAUUUUUCAAAUGUUUCUGCCAAAAAGGCGGCGUCAGCAUAUCUUAUGUUAUUAAGGCUUACCGUUUGCUAUUACGCCCUCGCUGACUUCGGCCAGCGUUAAUUCACAAUGGGCUUUACUAUAUCAGUACAAUCAGUAAUCAAACAGUAAUCAAACAGUAAAGGUGAUAGAAUACCCCUUUGUCGCACCCCUGUCUAUGUUUUUGUUUACCAACAUUUCUUUAUUUACCAUGAUUAUGCUGCACUCUGUUAAACGCCUUCUCGAAAUCAAUGAAACAGGCAUAUAAUUCCUCAUCCAUAUCAGGGCAUCUUUGCGAAAGAUACACUACAGAUCGUGCAUAUUGAGUCCCCAGACUUUUCACAAAUGCCAUUUGUAUAUUACUAAUGUCUUCGUCUAUUUUUUAUGUAUCUAUUGUAAAUUACUGUUACUAGCAAUUUAAGUUCGCUAAAUAGCUCAGGGAGUAAGCUGUCAACGACGUUGAUCCACUUAAAAAAAUAUGCAUCUAUAUCAAUCGAUACAUACAUUAUCAUUCUGUAGCCAGGAUGAUUUCUAGUAUAUACAGAUUAUUAAUUGAGUAUGUAUGUAUGUUGACUUAGAAAUUUCGUAUCUUCAAACGUGGCAAGUACGUAAAUUUUAGAUUUUGUAAAGACAUUUUGGUCUGUAAAAUGAUAGAUCACCUCGUAAAAUUGUUGUUUUACGAGGUGUAUUUCCUUAUAAUUUUAUACGUGUUAUAUAGAUCAUAUUUGGCAUAUUUUUAACAUAGUAUAGUAAUAAAACACAAUAUUUUACUUAUCCUUAUUUCCUGAUCUUAACAUGUCAACCUUAACCUUAGAGUCUUGCAUAUUAUAUCCUGAUAAAGAAUUCAAAAUUUUAUUGUGGAGUUGAAUGCACCAGACCAUGCGUGUCAAAUUCAAAUUUUCUUUGUACAUAGUUAAUUGUAUUAUAAUUAUUAUCUAUUAUAUAAGUUAUUUUUCUAUUGAACAUCGUCUUAGUCCGUAACAGAGCUGAAAAUUGUAAAUAUAAUUAUUAUAAUGAUCAUCAGUGGAA